GCUCUAUGAUACCCUUCUUUUCCGAAGAGAAUUCAAUCGCGUUGUCGCAAGGACAUAAUCUUGACCUUCCUUUUCGUCUUAUCCCACAGUUUUCAAAAGGAUACGACCAUUUUGUUCUUCCUCUUACUACACUUUCCAGGACAUUUUAAUGGUUCGAAUAUACUUUCACACCUCUUUUAAUCAAUCUAUUUUUUAAUUGAGAUCACGGCUUUGACAAAAUUAUGGCACAAGAAGAGCGCUCUCAAGAAAAACAAUCACAUGCUACUAGUCGAGAUGAUACCAGCCAACCAACCACUCCACGAAUUGCGGAGCUGGAAGAUAGUAACUACAGAAUCUCUGGAAUAAGUACGCCCCAGUCACGCAGUAAUCGCUUGACGUAUGGCGACUUCGGUGAGGACGCGAGAUACGGAACAAUAGUAAGCUAUCUCAGCAACAGAAUCACCGCGCAGGGUUGGUUCGGUGCUAAGUAUAGCACCGGAUAUGAAAGUUGUUCUGGCGUGCUUGUUCGUAAAACCCGCGGCCAAUAUAUUUCUAUUCCGGCUAUCAUCAAUCCGAUGCUCCUUUCGGCAACUCAGAAAUUGAAUGUCGAAGUGGCCUUCACCAUGCGGACCGACACGGUCGAUGCUAUCCUCUCUGCUUUGGAGCCCUCCCAGACGGACAUCUUACUCACGGACGGCUCUCAAAUUCAGAUCCUGGAUUCUCUGGAGGAGGUGAUGACCACAAACGUCAAGAAGCUGCAGUACGCAGCCUUGCUGCGUCGUGAGGAGAUUCUGUUGAUCUGGCACGACGAUCUUCAGAAAAUUCUCCCUCAUGCGGCGAUGAUGGAGGAGAAGCUCCUUUCAUUAGUAUGGGGCUCUACGAUAUCGCCAUUUGCGAAUCCUUUCGACACACCUUUGCCUUCGAACGUGGGCUCUCGAGCGCCGUCGUUCUAUCAUCAUCCUAUAGAGGCCCUCUCUUCAAAGCUUCCUGCAAAUACGAUCGACCCUAGCAAAGAAGGAGAGCCCUUUGGAGAUGAAGAAGACGAGAAGCACGCGGUAGAAGCAGAGUCCUUGGAUCGUCCGAUCAGUUUCGUGAGUGCGAUCUUUGUUGGCAUGGGAAUGUGCCUGGCAGUCGUAUUGCUCUUCGGCUUUGCAACAGGAAACCUGCUCAUCGAGUGUCUCUUGGACGGUAAAUGGAUACGUCUAGUCUUUGUCGUUACGAUUCCGCUACUUCUGUUGGUCGGGCUCUUUUUCUUGAUCACCAUCUUCACCAAUCUCUUUGAAAUGUUUGGUCCUAUAGAUGGUGCUAAAGGCAAUUCCCGUAGCUUUUCUGGCAAAAAGCCAAGCCUUCGUAAAGCUUAUCAGAACGGAUUUCGCCCUCCGCAUAUUACGAUCCAAAUGCCGGUGUAUAAAGAGGGCCUUGAGGGUGUGAUCAAACCGACUGUUGACAGCUUAAAGGCGGCGAUAUCGUACUAUGAGUCUCGCGGCGUAGGGACUGCUUCCAUAUUCAUCAACGAUGAUGGCAUGCGAGCUGGCAUUAGCGAAGACGAAGCUCGUGCUCGUCGUGAAUACUAUCACGAUAACAACAUUGGAUGGGUGGCAAGGCCAAAGCACAACGAUGAGGACGGCUACGUCCGUAAGGGCAAAUUUAAGAAGGCGUCAAACAUGAACUUUGCUCUCAAUGUUGCGAACAAGGUGGAAGAGUAUCUUCAACAAAUGAUAGAGGAGAGGGUUGCUGCAGGUAUGAGUGACUAUCUCAGUGACGUAGAGCUUGAUGAAAUGUACAAGGCAAACCUUGAGCGGGUGCUGCGAGAAAACCCCCGCGUCAUGGCAGCUGGAAAUAUUCGAAUGGGUGAAAUAAUAUUGAUCAUCGAUUCGGAUACUCGUGUGCCUGUGGAUUGCCUAUUGUACGGAGCAGCCGAGAUGUUCUUGUCACCGGAGGUAGCCAUCGUUCAGCACUCGACGGGUGUGAUGCAGGUGCAGCACGACUAUUUCGAGAACGGCAUCACGUAUUUCACAAACAUGGUCUACUCGGCGAUCAACUUCAGCGUGAGCAACGGCGAAGUCGCGCCGUUCGUAGGACACAACGCUUUUCUCCGCUGGCAGGCCGUUCAAUCCGUCGGCAAGGAAGAUCCGGACGGGUACAUCGCAUACUGGUCUGAAAGCCACGUGUCGGAAGAUUUCGAUCUGGCGCUGCGGUUGCAAAUCAAAGGCAACGUGGUACGAUGCGCGCACUAUCACAACAACGAGUUCAAGGAAGGCGUCUCGCUGACGAUCUACGACGAGCUCGCUCGUUGGGAGAAGUACGCGUACGGCUGCAGCGAGCUGGUGUUUCAUCCGUUCAAGUACUGGCUCUUCCGAGGUCCAUUGACGCCUCUGUUUCGUCAGUUCCUCUGGUCAAACCUGAUCCUGUCGUCAAAGAUCACAAUUCUUGGAUACAUAUCUUCCUAUUUCGCGUUGGCCGCGGGCGCGACGCUGACGCUGAUGAACUACCUUCUGAUCGGGUGGUUCAAUGGCGGCCUGGACAAAUUUUACAUGGAGUCGUGGAAGAUAUUCGUCUCGCUCAUCGUCGUUUUCAACAUCCUUGGCCCCGUCGCCCUGGCCAUUCUCCGCUACCGUCUUGGCGAGAAGUCGCUCAUUGCUUCGCUCCUGGAGAACUUCAAGUGGAUGCCCAUGUUCUCCAUCUUCUUCGGUGGCCUGUCCUUCCACCUCACCUGCGCCAUUCUCUCACACCUGUGCUCGAUCGACAUGCAAUGGGGCGCCACAACAAAGGAGUCGCAAAAGUCCAACUUCUUCAAGGAGCUGCCCAAGAUAUUCAAGUCUUUCAAGUACAUGUACUGCGUCCUGAUCGUCAUCAUCGGAGGCAUGAUCUAUCUCGGCUGCUUUGCUCCAAGCGGUUGGGACAUAAAAGGUGCCACUGCCGUCGUGCCGUUGGCCGUCAGCGUCACAAGCCACGCUAUUCUGCCGUUCGCUCUUAAUCCUUCUGUCAUGAUUUUCAAUUUCUAG